AUGGCGGAGAUAGAUCUAACGCCAAAGUUAGCAGCAGUAGAGUUCGAGGGAGAUGGUGGAGGAUAUCACACAUGGUCAGCUCCAGCACUUGGCAAGGCCAAAGUUGGUGCCGGCAAGCUUGUUUUAAAGCCGAGUGGUUUUGCUCUUCCUCACUAUGCAGAUUCUGCCAAACUGGGGUAUGUUGUUCAAUGUGAGGAUGGAGUAAUUGGGAUGGUUUUACCCAACACAUCAGAGGAGGUGGUGUUGAAGCUUAAGAAAGGAGAUGUGAUUCCGGUACCAGUCGGAGCAGUCUCCUGGUGGUUCAACAAUGGCGACUCACCCGAUGACCUUGUUAUCAUUUUCUUGGGCGAUACUACAAAGGCCUACACUCCUGGUCGGUUUACUUACUUCUUCAUGGCAGGAACUCAAAGUCUUCUCGGAGGUUUCUCGACUGACUUCAUUAGCAAGUCAUUCAAUAUCAGCAAAGAUGAAGCUGAUGAGGUCACCAAAAACCAGUCAGGGGUUUGGUAG